CUUCACGUGGAAAAGAUCAAAAGAGAGAAAAUAAUCUUCUAAAAAAAGCAAGAUUUGUGGCUUAAGUUAUUUUUGGAUUUAUUGCAACAAUGGAGGAUUGGACAGUCUGCAGGUUGUGCUUGCAAUCCAGCGAGGAGCCCCUAAAAUUCAUUUCCGGAUCCUUCCACAAUUCCCAGCCAUACAGAAGUAUUUACUUCACAGUCACUGGAAGAUGCUUGACUGACUACAAAUCCAUUCCAAUGCAGAUUUGUAAUGUGUGCGAGGAGAACCUAAUCAGUGCCUACACUUUCCGGGAACUUUGCUUCCAAACAGAGGAAAAAUUGAAGGAAAUGCUGUUCAAUGUGAAAGCAGAGGCAGAAGGAGACAAAACUACGGAUGAGCAGGAUUUGACAAUCUUCACAGUUAAUGAGCUCGAGGGGGAUGCAAAGAAGGAAGGAGAUUUGGAGGAGAAUCUGGAGGGAGAUUUCACAGAUCCUUUUGAUCAAAUUGCUGAGCAGGAGGAGAUUUUGGCAGCCAAGGAGGAGGAGAAACAGAAGAAAAUUCUCUGUAAACGAUGCAAAACUGUCUUUAGAGGAUUGGAUAAUUUCAAGAGGCACAAAUGCAAGGGAUAUGAACCAGUAAGAAAAAUCAAGGCAAAACCGCAGAAGAGGAGUGAUAUAGAGCACGAAUGUAUGGUAUGCAAGAAGAUAAUAAGAGGCACUCACAUAACGACGCACCUGGACUAUCACAAUGGCAUAAAACGCUACGAAUGCGAGCACUGUGGGAAGAGAUUCUUCUGGUUGGCAGCCAAGAAGACCCACAUACAGCGCGAUCAUCUCAAGAAGAAAUCCUACAAGUGCCCACAUUGUCCGAAAGAGUAUUGGAUGGUGGGAACGAGGAAUAUUCAUGUCCGGAAGAAUCAUUUGCAAAAAAUUGACUAUCAAUGUGAGCUCUGUGGGAAGGGAUUUGCACUAAGGUAUGACUUGAAGAAGCACAUGAACACCCACAUUGAAGGAGGACCCUGUUCCAUUUGUGGGGAGACAUUCAAGUCACUAAACAGGCUGAAUUAUCACAAAAGGACUCACCACAAAUCACCUCCCAAGCAGAGUUCAUCAAAUUCUCAAGAUUUGGACGAGUGAGACGAAAACUCAUAAAAUUUGGAGAAAUUUUUUAUUAUUAAAUUUUAAGAUCUAAAAAUUUUUAUCUUCUCGAGGCUUUGAAACUGUGGAGUCUGUGUAGAUGGCCUUUAAGUGAGUUUCUAGGUCGAUGGGAUGCCUUUGUGGUGCAUACUACUGCUUCCGGACAAGGUACCACCACCAGCUUCACCAGCAUGAACUUGCUGCGUGUGCUUCCUGAGCUGUGCAUUUGUCCGGAAGGCGUGUGAGCACACGGGGCAGGUGAACUUCUUCUCGGUGGUAUGCAGAGCCAUAUGAUGCUCAAAUGUCCGGAUGUUCUUCAGCUUCUUCCCGCAUAUUUCGCACGUCACCUCAUCCGUGUGCUGCUUCAUGUGGGACGACAAACUGAUACUGGAAUUGAGUUCCUUCCCGCAGCGAUCGCAUUGGUAGAUUGAGGGAUUUGUGUGCUUAUCCCGGAUGUGAUUUGUUCGUCGAUUCUUAUCGUAGAAUCCCUUCCCGCAGUACGGGCAGUGGCAGGAGGGUGUCUUGAGGUGUUCUCGGUGUAUAUGCGUUGUCCGGGUGACUGUUGAGUUGAAUUCCAUAUUGCAGUAGUUGCAUCUGUGUCGAAUCUUGCGCUCUGUGUGCUGAUCCAGGUGUGCCAUGAAGUACGAGCGUCCAAUGAAGGUCUUCCCGCAUUUGUUGCACUUGAAGAAGGGUUCAUUCUGUUCCCCACUCUCCCCGGAAAUUGUGUCAAUGUACGUCUUGGGUUUGCCACACUGAUGCGACCGGAAAGUCUCCAUCUCUGAGAAAAUUCCUUUGCAGAUCUUACAGCGAAUCUUCAGUGCAACAUUCUUGUCAUCCUCAUCCGUUGAGGUUCCAUGUCUCGACGUAGCUUGUGGGAUUACUGACUGGGUUGCAUAUUCAUCAUGCUUAGAUGCUUUGGAGAAGCCCGUGUGCUCUCCACUUUUCGUGGAAGACUCAAGAGCUGAGACAAAUUCAAUACUUUUACCACCACCACCCUCUUCGGCGGAUUUGAGAUCCUUCAGCUUUUCUUCCGUUUCGAGGCAUUUCCGACGAAACUCAUAAGCACGUAGCAUGUCAUUCUCACACUGUGGGCAGAUCCUCAUGGGAAAUGCAGCGUAAUCCGUCAAAGUAACACCAACGACGCUGAGGAAAAUAUUAAAAUAUGAUGUCUCCUGGAAUGUGCAGCCUGUGAAGGCUUUUAGGGCUUCAUCCCCAGAUUCCAGACACAAACGACACACUGUCCACUCCUCCAUUC